GCGGGCGCGGUGCGCAAAGGCUAGUUCGCAACUGCGCGGCCUGACGAGAUCUCCGGGGCGGCAGACCCCCGUGCAAGAGGGGGGGAAGGAGAAUGCGGCGGGGCGAGGAGAUUGGCCCAGGGGCGUUCAGGCCGCUGUUACCUUUGAUGCUGGUAGCGCUGCUGCGGGAGGCUGCGGGGGAACCUUGCGCCGCCGCCGCGCCUUGUUCUUGCCGGCGAGGUGUGUUGGAUUGCAGCCGCCUCCGCCUGUCCGGUCGGAGCUUAGAACCAGGCCUGCUACCACCUUUGCCUCGCAGCAUCACCGCGCUAGAUUUGAGUCAUAAUAAUUUGUUAUCCUCUAAUUGGAGUAUUGAUUCAUCGGGUCAAAUGCUGCAAGAAGUGAAGAUGAAUCACAAUGAACUAAGUGGCAUUCCCCACUUUGGUGAACUAACUUCUAAUAUCACACUACUAUCAUUGUAAGUUAAUAUUCACAGAUUU